AGUUAGUAUUUCUAAUGUUCGGCAGCGAGCCGGACUUUUUUGGCUCUUUCCAUGGAGUUGGGCUUCUUAUAGAACCCUCCUCCAACGGCGGAGGCUAUAACCACAACUACGACAAUAACGUUGGGGACUUGAAUGCUAAUGCUACUGAGAGAAUUCCCAUGUGCGGUCCGCAACUAGCGGGAAAUCUACCUCUGCUGCCACAGCGUGCGAUGGUCGGCUCGCGAAGGGCUCUUGAUAUUGUUGAUGACGGGUUGCAAGAUGAAGUACUUUAUCGUCGUAGUAGUUCCAUCACACUUCCAAGGGACUCAUCACCGUAUACGUUGGCGAAGCGAGCGGAGAAUGUACGAGAUUAUAAGAGGGCAUUAUAUUGGCAUACUCAGUGCAUUGAGCAAGGAAUUAGGGCCGCUAGUGCAGUGAUGGAUGUCGCGGGCCUUUUUAACAAGUUUGGAAAAAAGGCGGAGGCGUUGACGUUUAUGGCGCAGUACAAGCACUUGGUCCCGAAGGAUCGUUAUCAAGGUUUCCGCAGGCUGUACGAACGGGUGGAAUACGAUCUUAAUCGUCCAGCUCAAGUAGCACCGAGAAUGCUGAUGGUCACUUUGCUGCCCUCGGAAAGCAUUCGAGAUAGUGGCAUGGAAUUAGGGGACCCACCACAGUGGUAUUCAGCUGAUGCGAUAGCAUAUUUAGGAAAAUUGGAAAAGGGUCCCUUGAAUGUGAAGUUACUUGAUCGCCUCUUCCCCAACCCUGAGAAGAUUGAGUACCUGGCGAUUUGUGAAGCAGAUCCUAACACAGGUGCACAGGUGGCGUAUGUGCAAUUUGAAAGUCAAAGCUCGGCGAGAAAGGCGAUGGUCACUGAGAAAGUCCUUUGUAACAUUCUCGUAACGUGGCCCGACAAGAUGGCUUCAAUGUUGCCGCCUCCGGAGGACGCUGUCACUGACAAGCAUGUUGUACAGGAUUCGGAGCGCUGGUAG